AUGAAUUACCAUCGACAGCAGCAGCAACAGCCAUAUUACGCUAGUGCUGGUCCACCACAGCAGCCGUACUAUCCUCCGCCUCCUCAUUCAUCACAACCCUAUUACAGUCAAACUGCAGCCAGCCCUUAUGGUCAAAACCAAGGCUAUUACCAGCCUCAACAACCAAUGUAUGUGAAUCCUCCUAUGACAAUGCAACCACAGGGAAGCGGUGCUGGUGGUGCAGCUGGCACUUGUAUGGCAUGGUACGUUACACGAUCCAUAAAAGAAGGCCGGGGAUAG